UAUCGUUUUUUUGUUUGUAAAAUUUGAAAAAAAAAUGAUGGAUACCAGUGAAGUGGCGCCCAAGCCAGAGGCCAAGGAGAAUUAUUUCAAAAAACUAUGGGCCUACAGGAAAUACAUCAAUAUGGAACCGUUUAUGUUCUUUUACAUUAUGCCAAGUGUCUUCAAUGCAGUUGCCAUUCAGAACUUCCCAUUGGAAAAGGCGUGUAGGGUAAAUUACAACUACAGUGAAAUAGUUUGUAAGGCAAUUCUUGAUAAAGAAGAAUUCGGCAUCGAGGAUUGUGAUGGCUUCAACUUUGAGAAUGUUACAGAAAUUGGAAGUGGACUUUUGUGGAAUGUAACAAAUUUGUCACCAAAUUUCAAUUACACCGUUUGCAAGGCUGAAAGGGAUGCUCAAAAAUUGAGUGCUGAGGUGUCUGGAAUUCGGGCGCCAAUCGCUGCAAUAUUUCCCCUAAUCGUGAUCCUUUUUGCUGGUGGAUGGAGUGAUCGUUACAACAAACGUAAGCCAUGUAUAAUGUUCCCUCUUAUUGGAGAAGGUUUGCAAUUUUUGGGACUCUUUAUCUCUGCCAUAUUUUUCGAUGUUUUCCCCAUGGAAUUUGGUGCCUAUAUCGAAUCUAUUGUUCCAUCAAUGUUUGGUGGAUUUAAUUUUGUCCUAAUGGCCGUUUACGGUUACAUAACUAAUGCUACUCCAGAACCUGAUAGAAUCUUUAGAUUUGGAAUAUUCUCCAUGUUUAUAAAUUGCAUUCCGUUUGUGGGUAUUCCAUUCAGUGGGAUACUCUAUCAGAAACUAGGUUAUGUUUAUUCUUUCGCAAUGAGUUGGAUCUUCCAGCUCAUAGCCUUCUUCUACGUGCUGUUUUUCAUUAAAGAAAUACCCCAAAUAUCUGAUAAAGACAAAGAAGGAGAACUAGGAACAACUAAUACCGCCUUCGAAGUGACAGAUGUCACUGAAGUCAAUGGAAAUCGCGAAGCUAUAUCAGCUCUUGAUGCAGCAAUAUCAACUGGCCAGGAACCUCCACCAAAGAAAUCAUGUUUAGCUGAAUUUUUCGAUCCAACUUUGGCAAUUGAAUGCAUCAAGAUGCCAUUUGAGAAGAGGGCUAACUAUGGUCAAGCUCUGUUUGUCUUGAUGAUGAUAGCUUAUUUCUUAACCGCAGGUCCUGCUGCUGGUGAAAACGACUAUUGGUACCGAUACAUGCUCAUCAAGCUCAACUGGAAUGGUAAUCAGUUCAGUGCAUACAGUACAUUUUCGUCAGCAAGUACAAUAUUGGGAACAUUUAUUGGAACUGCAAUUUUAAGUAAACUCUUGAAAAUCUCGGACCCAGCUAUUGGAGUUCUUUCCGCCUUGUGCAUUGUUAUCUCAAGACCGAUGUUUGCCUUUGCUAAAGACUCCGUAAUGUACUACUCUGCGGGGCUUGUCGAAAUGUUUGUCAGUUUAAGAGUCAUUGCUAUCAAAGCUAUUGGUUCGAGUAUCGUUGAAGGUGACGAAUUGGGUCGAAUGUACGCUAUAUUUGGAGUAACUGAUCCAAUUUCGACAUUCAUCAUUCCACCACUUUACAGUUACGUUUACAAGACUACCGUUGACACAUUCCCAGGAGCAAUAUUUUUGUUCAGUGAAGUGUUUUACGUUCCAAAUGUUAUUGUAUUCAUAAUUUGUUACGUGUUAAUGAAAAGACGAGAAAGAAAAGGUGAAAAAAUUGAUCUUGGCUCAACGAAACCAGCUGAUAAGAGUAAAUUGGAUGAAAAUCUUGAAUCACAAACUGAAAUUACUAGCUUGUAAGAAAAUUAUGUAUAAUGUUAAGGUUCGAAAUAAUGGUCUUGAGACUGUAUAUAAGCUGUUCUGUUAAUUGUUUCUUUUG